AUGCCUACCCCCCUCGAUCGAGCAUUGCAUUCCAAGAACCUCUUCAUGGGUAUGACUUUCCCGCUCCAGAGUAUUAAUCCACCAAAAUCGCAGACAGCUCAUUCGGAACUCCUUGAUGUAGGGUUUGCGGGAAUGGUCACCGCAGCAGCCGCCUGGGCCAUCUGGGGCAAUGACAUGUUUCCCGAACAGGCAGAUCCGACCGGUGACCCUGAGCAAUGGACGGUUGAUGAGAUGCGUCGUUGGUUGCGUGCGAGAGGUCUGAUGCCGGACGGGAAAGCCACACGCGAGGAACUGCUCGAGCGAGUGAAAGCCAACCUGCGUAUACCGCGAAACACAUCUACCUGA